AUGUCUGAAAAUCAAAGAACAAUGACUCUUACAUAGAUUACUCAUAUGAUUGAGGAAAAGGUGACAGAAAUUCAAGCUAAUCCAGAUUAUAAGAUUUCAGAGUUACCUUAAUUAAUUGAAUUACUUAAACAUGAUAAUGUAUUCAUUGUUCAAAUGACAAUUAUGGCAUUAACAGAUUUGUUUAUUGAUAUUGCUCCAUUAUAUAAAAUUGAUUAAUAAGCUCAUGAAUUUAAAAUCACAAAGUUUAUCAAUAAAGAAGAAAAAUAAGUGCUUAACUUUGAAUUGAGUUUAAUAAAAAACUAUUAUCAAUUUAUUAAAGCUUAAUUUACAUUUGUUAAAUUAAUAUCUUAAGGUCCUCUUGUAGAAACCUGUUAUUAGAGGUAAUAAUAAUAUAUCUAUUAUAUAGUUUAGGUAAAUUAUUGAAUUCAUUAUUUCAUUUUAAUUACAAUAGAGAAUUAGUUUAAUAUGUAACAUAUGGUUUAUUGACUUGUAAUGAUAUAUGUUAUAAUUCUCUAUCUAAUAUAUUAAGUAAUAAGAAACAUUCAUUACAUGAAGCUAAAUUAUAAAUCUUAACAUAAAUAUAAAAGUUAUAUUAGACUAAACAUGAAGAUCAAUUACCAGAUAAUCUUGUUGAUUUAGUUAAUUAAAUAUAGAUAGAUACUAAAUUUUUACCUUAAGAGUUAGAGAAGUAAGAGAAAGAGAAGAAAAGAGCAGUAAAGCAAAAGAAGAGAGAAUAUUUCAGUUAGAAAGAGAAGGACAAAAAGAAAUAGAAAUUAACAAAGGAAGAAAUGGCUAAAUAAAAGAAAUUGUUAAAGGAAGUUUAAGAUGAAUUAUAAGAAGCAUAAGGAGAUUUAGAUAAAAAGACUUUGGCUAAAAAUGUAAUUUAUUUUAUAUAAUUAUUAAGAAUGGAGAGAUUCUUUCAAAAAUGUUUUAUAUAUAUUUUAAAGUACUCAAAUUACCUCGAGUAUCAAAAUAUUAUGAAUCUGCUUUAAAUGGUAUAUUAUAAUAUGUCCAUUUGAUUAACAUUGAAUUGAUAUAAGGAAUAUUUGAAUGUUUAUUAUAAUCAACUAACAUACUUAGAUAGAGAAAGGAUAAUUAAUUGAAAUAUGUUAAUUUAAGAUUACAAACUAUACUUGCACUUUAAUCUAUAAUGGAUGGACCUGCAUCUGUUUUUGGUAUAGAUGACAAAGAAACAAUGUAAAGAUUUUAUGUUUGUUUAUUGGACAUAUGGACAAAUUAAAAAAUUAAAAUUACUGAAGAAGAAGAGAGUUUGAUUUUAAGAAUAUUGGAUAGUGGAUUUAUUAAGAAAAGACAUUUUUCUUAGGAGGUUACAGGUUCAUAUGUAAAAAUACUUAUUUAACUGGCUAAAAAUUCUGAUAAUAUAAAAUUUGUAUAUGCACUUUGUUACUGCAUCAAAUUAAUGACAUAAAAGUAUUAAAAAACAUAGAAAAUGUUGGAAGAAGACAAUGAAGGCUUUGGUAUUAAUUCUUAUAAUGUGAAAUGUGAUGAUCCAUCAUGUACAAAUGCUUUAAAUUCCUCAAUAUAUGAAGAAGUGAAGGAGAUAAAAAAUGUAUUUUAGUUUAUAAAUAUGAUUAGAAAUUCAACAACUAGCAAAAAUUGAUAUCAAUAGUAUCAAAACUACUUAAAAAUGAACCAGUCCCUCAACAUAUGCUGAACAAAAGUGUUUAUGAUGUAUAUAGAUAAUGA